UUGUUCGAAGCAAAGGGUAAGGAUUCAGAUAAAAUUGCAUUCUCCUGGGAUCAUCUUUUGUCAACUACCAAGCCAAUGGCAGAUGAUUUAUCCAAAGAAAAAUCCACUCCUAAUGGAGGUGUUGUUAUAUCAAGUGCUGUCAAUCUACACGUGGAUGAUUCUACUGACACUCCUGCAAAGAACAAUUUACAUUAUGGUGUUGAAGAUAAUCCCUCCAUUCACAUGACAUUCUUUUUUGGACUGCAGCAAGUGUUGAUUUCUUUGUCUGGAAGUCUGACUGUUUCUCUUUUUGUUGCCAAAUUAGUCUGUGCACAGGCAGAUGAGGAUUUUAAAGCUAAACUUCUGUGCACCACAAUGUUCAUGUCGGGUGUCUGCAGUAUUCUACAAACUGUUGUAGGAAUAAGGUUACCUCUCUACCAAGGCCCUAGUAUAGAAUAUAUGAUUCCAUUGAUGGCCAUGUCAACUCUUACUGAAUGGCAAUGUACUGAAAGCCACGCAAUGGUCAAUACCACGAACCAUUCAGACCUUGAACGAAACCUUAAUGAACAUGUAUUGCCAAAAGUUCAACUGUUGGAAGGUAGUCUGAUGUUGGCAGGAUUACUCCAUUGUCUAAUCGGUGCCACAGGUAUUGUGGGAGUAUUCAUGAGUUACAUUGGGCCUGUUACCAUUGUCCCAGCUAUCACAUUAGUUGGUCUUUUCUUGUUCCGUGUCUCUGUAGAUUUUUCAGAGUCACACUGGGGUAUUGCUAUUGGCACUGCCAGUUUUGCUGGUAUUCUGUCUCUCUACUGUGACAAAUUAACUUGUAUUCUGCCCUCGUGGAGCCGACAGAAAGGUUGUCAUAUUACACGCUAUCCUCUACAUAAAGUGUUGGCGAUUUUGUUUGCCAUAAUUUUUGGUUGGAUUCUCAGUGCCAUUCUUACUUACUGCGAUGUCCUCUCCGAUAAUCCACAAAACGUUCAAUACUAUGCACGAACUGACACUCGAUCUUAUGUUAUCCAUUCAUCUUCAUGGAUUUUUUUCCCAUAUCCAGGUCAGUUUGGUCCUCCAAGUUUUGCACUGUCAGCCUUCAUUAGCUUCAUGGUAGCCACAUUGACAUCUAUCAUUGACUCAAUUGGAGAUUAUUAUGCUUGUGCCCGUGUUUGCAAUCUACCUCCACCCCCUGACCAUGCAAUGAACCGGGGCAUCAUGGUAGAAGGCUUCUCAAGUCUUUUGGCUGGUUCUAUGGGAGCUGGGCAUGCUACAAGUACAUAUGGUGGAAAUAUUGGAGCCAUUGGCAUCACCAAGGUUGGCAGUCGUCGUGUUUUUCAAAUGGUGGGAUUGAUAUUUGUAAUAUUUGGUGUUUUAGGCAAAUUGGGGGCCAUAUUUGUUAUUAUUCCUCAUCCUGUAUUGGGUGGAGUUCAAAUCAUCAGCUUUGGAAUUUUCAUCGGAGUCGUUCUUUCCAAUAUGAUGUAUAUUGACAUGAAUUCCACUCGCAAUCUGGCUAUUAUUGGUAUUUCACUCAUGUUUGGACUCAUGAUGCCUCACUAUAUCAAGAAAACCAAGCAGCCUUUCAACACUGGUUACGUUGAAUUGGAUAGUGCUCUUCACGCCCUUUUAGCAAAUGCUAAUUUUGUAGGUGGAGCUCUGGCUUGUUUUCUGGAUAACACUGUACCGGGUACAUUAAAAGAAAGAGGUUUUAUUGCCUGGCAAAACUUUGGCAAACCAUCCAUUUCAGAGAACAAUUCUAAAACGGGAACCGAAAUGUACAGUUCUUACGAUCUUCCAUUCAUUAGUUCUGAAGUGAAAGAGUCCAAAGUUGUAAAGUACAUUCCAUUUCUUCCUGGUUACACAAAGCCUUCUUACAAAUGCAGAUGUUUUCAAAAAAAAGGAAAUUCAGACAUUACACAAAGUUGA